GCGCAUAGGGUCAAGGCACGCCGUCGACCGUGCCUACAGGCUCCAACCCACUGUUCCGAAUUCUGGGCCUGGCGGAUUGCCAUUAGGUGGUUUUGGCCCAUCUCCACCCUGCAUUUCCCUAGCACCGCCUGUCCAAGGGAGCUACAUUUCAUCAUCGGGCAUCAGGCUCGCACCUGCACCCCUGUAGCGAAACAACCACCCUAUAUUUAUUAUAACCGUUGCGCCCACUGCUUCACCCGGAUCCUAAUACGGACUUUUGGACCCUUUGCACCGUACCCUCUCUCGCAUCUAUAUAGCCAACAUCGCCUCGGAUUCUCUGUUCAAGCCUCAGGCAUCAAUCUCUUGGACCACACCACAAGUCAUCGACAACACCCUCUACCAACUCAAUCGAUACGUCUUCGCUUCCCAUCUCAAAAGUCUCUACACAACCAACCCACACCGACUCUUCCAUACCAAUACUUUUCAUCAUGUUCUCUUGCGUCAACUACGAACGUGGCUGCCGUGGUCGAUGCAACACUCAACUUGGACGCUGCGACUCUUGCGUCACUCUCAACCUUCAAAGCCCUCGCUCAAACUCCCAAUCAUCUGCAUCAUCAGUUAGCAGCAGAGAAUCAGCAUCCUACUCAGCCCUGACAUCUUCAUUCGCCUCGCUCGCCCAGUCCUCGUCCGCUUCACCAACACGGAGCCAGUAAAGCACCAACUCUACGUGAUGACGCACUUCGACGCGUACCAAACCGUCGUCGCCCUCACUACCAUCACUCUUUACGUUUCCGACGAGUCAACGAAUUCAUUUACCGCUUGAGAUUAGCGUUUUUCUACUUUGUUCGCCGUCGCGACAAAUGUACACUUUCACCAAGUUAUGCGCCUACCAGCAACCUUCGCUCUCGGCUACUUGUUCAAAUUCUAUCACCAUUCUUCUAGGGCAGCAUUUUUCGGGGGAGGAUUUUUCUUUUUGGAUUCAUCAGGGCCGCGUUUACCAAAGAUAGCAUUGCAUGUGGAGGGUUUCAUUUCAUUUCCUUCGGUUUCCACAAAUGGGUGUUUUUUCCGGAAUUAGGGUUUUUGCAUUUUUCCGUUUGUAUGAUAUACCACAUCGUCAGGAUACGAUUAGCGCAUCUGGAUUUUUAGGCAAGAAACACAUUUCCUUGUAGCAUCAUUAGGGUCCUCUUUUUUUUUCUUUCUUCCCAUUGUUAGAUCCCAGUACCCAGCAACUGUAGCAUGUCACCCCUCAUGCUACUCAGGUUGUCAGCCUUCUGAAACCAGCUACCAUAUAUAGAAACCUCUACACAAUUCCGAUGGCAUCGUUCGAGAAAACCGGAAAAGAGAAGCAAGAAUUCUCCAGUUUUCAGUCUUUGAGAUUCCCCAUCUUUCAUUUCCGUGCGAAGAGGAAAUUCGCACGUCUCGGACUUUCUUAACAUUAAAGUUAUCAUCCCCCCACUCCACCCACAAGAAACAGUCUUUAUUUUAUUUUU